AUGAUGCAAACUCAUGGUUAUCCUAAGAAAGGAGACAAAUCUAAAACAUCGCAGUGCAUGGCUGCCGUCUCACAGAGGAAGGAAGGCAAAAUCAAUCCAAAAGCCUCUCGGGAGAAACCACGUUGGAUUCCAUCAUUUCGUACCUAUGAAGACUUCAACCAAAAGACACUACAGUCAUUAGAUGGCUUUAUGAUUAUACUGAACACAGAUGGAGUGAUCACUUUUGUGGCUGAAAACAUCGUUUUUCUCCUUGGCCAUUUACCAGCUGAUAUUGUGGGCAAAAAGUUGUUAAGCUUUCUUCCUGAUAAAGAGAGACGUGAAGUCUACCAAAAGAUUACUCUCAAAUGUCCUUUGUCAAACUCAGGAAAACAUAUUGAGUUUUGCUGUAAUUUAAAAAAAGGAAGUGUUGAACAAGGUGGCAGUCCUGCUUAUGAAUAUGUGAAAUUCAUUCUGAGUGUAAAAGAUUUUUCUAAUGAUCCUUUUGUGAUCUUCGGCAGCUACUUUCCGAAAUACCUGCGUGCUGGGCCAUCUGCUGCAAAUCUUGGGAAGGAUUGGUUUUAUUUUGUGGGAAAUGUUUGUAUUCUCAGGGCUCAGACCCUACGGGAACUUUGCACUGCAAAGGAAUCCAGUGAAGAAGUUGUAUACAUAGAAGAUUCAGAUGAAGAAUGUUUUCCAACGAGCCCCAGACCCCCUGUCCCUCUCAUAUUCCUCUCCUCUCCUCCAACUCCAUGGCCACUGCUCUGGCUCCAGACUCUUCAGCUCUCACAUGAUGGAUUGUUGGUGGACCUGGAUCAAAGUGAUAUUGUAGAGGUCAAGCAAUAUGGACAACAAGAAACCCUUGAAGUAAUUAGAAUACGGUCUGAUUCAUCUUCUGAGUCCAGCAUGUCUUCCCUGGAAAUCAUGCCUAAGUCACCAGCCAUGUUAUCCUCGCGUAGCUUUGAAUAUGAGGGCGACCCUAUGGACCUGGACACAGAGAACUCAAUGGAGCAGCAGAACCUGGUGGACUCAGUGGACACAGUGGACCUGGUGGAACAAGAAGGCCUGAUGGACAUAGUAGACCAGCAAGAUACAGUAUACCCAGGGUCCCAGAAGGACUUGAUUGACCUGGUGGAGAAGAAAACCUUCCCCUCCUCCAGCGAGGCUGCUAGCACCAGUGCUCAGCCAUCACAACCAUCAUUGUCAAUUGAAUCCUCCAUCGGUAACCAUGAUGUGGAACUGUUGGAGAAGUUCAUGGAGCAGCUAGAAGAGAGGACUCAGGUGCUGCAGGUUACCAUCAAAAGCCAGCAGGAUGAACUGCAAGUGAUCAAGGAGCAGCUUCAAGCACUUCGGGAUGGUAGCAUUCAGAUGCAGCGUACUGCAACAUGCCAAGCUGUCAGUUCUGAUAUCCAGUCUUCAGGGGAAGUACUCAAAAAACUAAGCACUGGGCAAGUGAAGCGGUCCCUCUCAGAUCUCAAGGAGGCCAAAAGGUUUUGUAGUUCAUAUUCAUUCCCGUCUUUGAAAUUCAUUGAGAAGUUUGAGGAGCCUUCUCUCGUCUCCACCCAGCAGGAGCAGAAGAAGCUGCAGGAGAAGGAGGAGAAGCAGGAGAAGCAGGAGAAGCAGGAGAAGGAGGAGAAGCAGGAGGAGGACAAGCAGGAGAAGGAAGAGAAGCAGGAGAAGGAGGAGAAGGAGGACAAGCAGGAGAAGCAGGAGAAGGAGGAGAAGCAGGAGAAGGAGGACAAGCAGGAGAAGCAGGAGAAGGAGGAGAAGGAGGAGAAGCAGGAGAAGCAGCAGCAACAGGCACAGCAGAUUCAGGAGCAGCCAGAGCAGCAUAAUGUCAUGGUGGGGAACCAGACCCUGCAGAAAUGCCUCAAAAAUCCAACUGGCAUGCCUGUGCCACUCUACAAUAAUCCUGUUACUUUUAUGCAGACCAAGCCUGUUGCUGUUCCUGUCCAAAUGGUAGAUGAGCCACAGCCUUCUGACUCCUAUCAAGAGGAAGACCCUGGGCACCAGGAAAAUGAGAGUCCUAGUUUUCUUCCUGAGGCACACCAGGGCCCUCCCAUGGAUCAGCCACCACUGGGGUAUAGCUCAAGCACUCAGCCAGUUUCUUCCACCAGCUUUCCUCAGUCUCCCAUAAAUCCAGAAGUGAAAUUGCCCAUGCGGGAGAUCCCAGAGGAUUACGUGCAACUUUGGCAACAGCCGCCUGCUCCACAAGGUCACCUUUUCCUUCAGGUGAAUAUUUGGCCUUGCAAUGAGCAGGCCCCCAUGCAGGGUCAAGACCCCUGGAACCAGGGACAGUCCCCCAAAGCAGGAACCCAGGACACCCCAGGUCCAGAAGCUUCUCAGGAUCCCACCCAGUGCCAGCCACAACAAAUGAGAUACUUCCUGCCUGCAGAGCAGCCCGAUGUGGAUGAGCAGCAGCAGCAGCAGAAGCAGCAUUAA